AUGGCUAUAGACAAAAUAAACGGAAUGGAUAGCAUGAGCAAGAAAUUACAAUUUAUACAGACUAAAUUUAUUGAAUCAAGUGAAAGGAAAGGUGGAAAUGGAAUAGAGAAUAACCCAGUUCCAGAGAGAAACGACACAGCAGAGCGUAAUGCAGAGAUCACGAAUAACCAGACAUUACCUACUAACUAUGCUUUAUUACACAACGAAAUACCUACUUCGUCGCUUGCUCCGCCCACGUCACCCACCGAUUCCCUAUCCUCCACGACGUCGUCCGUCUUUAACAUUCCUUCCAAAAGACAUUAUAAACGUACAGGCUCAAUGCCCAACAUGACUGCAACUGACCUAAAUUCAGCAAGUCCUGAUAUGCUUGGAACAAACAGGCCCGAACGACGGCAUACCAUUGGCAAUCAAGCAGAGACUCCUCAACAGUAUUUAGAAAGAAUGCAGGAUACUCUGAGUAAAUCCGAGUUGGCGACGCUAUUGGCAAAAAAUAAAGAUGUCUUCCACGAGGCUGUUCUCUUGACGUAUAUGGAAUCAUUUGACUUUACCGAAGAUCCAAUAGAUAUUGCAUUAAGGAAAUUUCUCAUGGAUUGCUAUUUACCCAAAGAGACGCAACAAAUCGAUCGAAUCAUGGAAUCAUUUGCUCGUCGAUAUCAUGAAUGCAAUCCCGAUCUAUUCCCAUCGCAAGAUACCUCAUAUAUCCUGGCAUUUUCGCUACUCAUGCUUCACACCGAUGCUUUCAACAAGAGUGUAAAGAAGAAAAUGACAAAAGAAGAAUUUGUUCGCAAUGUCAGAAUAGAUGGCGUUCCGGAAGAGAUACUCGAAGUACUAUACGAUAAUAUAACGUUUACACAGUUCAUUUACGCAGAGGAUGACACAGAUGUAAACGGCAUGACUUUAAUGGCAUCACCACAAGAAUUAAAGCAUUCGAAAUUUUUUGGCGGAAUUAAGGAUGGUCAUAGGAAAAUUAUCAACCGUCCUCGAAACGAUCCAUAUUUUGUUAUUCAACAUAAAAUUCCGACGGACUUUACGCCAAACCUCAAAUCCAUUGUUCCAACCUCAAAUCCCUUCUCGUACAAAGGCACCCUACCCACAUUCGACACGGCUUCCAUCCACCGUGCAUUCACUACGGCUUCUACGGUCCGCAUUACUGGCAUUCGAUCACGUCGUCAAUACGGAGACACGUCCAGUUCCGUUUCCGCUAUACAUCCUGUCAGUAACGACCCUGGAGUGUUUCUGCUAAAAAUAACGAAAGCAGGUAAACUUGGUAGAAAAAUCGACCUACUCGAAGGAGGCAAAAGAGCCACCGGUUUCGGAAGAACCUGGAAGCAAUUUGGCGUUGUACUAUCAGGAAGUCAAUUGAUGUUUUUCAAAGAUUUGAGUUUGUUUGAUGAUCAACCGAACGUGGCUAAAGAUGUGAAUCACAAUAAAAAAAGUCCAACUCUUAGGCCUGAUAUAAUCCUAAUGACUGCAGACUCCAUAGCCGUAUACGAAAGUACCUAUACGAAGCAUCCACACGUCUUUCGACUUGUUGGCGUUAAAGGGUAUCAGUACCUGUUUCAAGCCGAAAAUGAGAGCGAGAUGAAUGAUUGGAUCGCAAAGAUCAAUUAUGCGGCAGCAUUCAAGACAAGUGGGAUCAAAAUGCGGGGGGUAAGGCAUACUAGUUCAAGUAAAAGGAGCGAAGGGUUCACCGAUGGUGCCGUUGCGAGGGUGGAAGUUUUAAAGGUGAGUAUAGGAAAAGAUCUUUUUGGCACGAGUUUGUGUCCUCACUCGUUUGUCAACGAUGCGUUUAUUGAUGAAAACAUUGGUUAUGAGAAAAACAGUAUGGAAUUGGUGGGGAGUGAAAACGAUGAUGGAAGUCUAGACGAGUUUGUUGAUGCUGAGGAAGGGACACUUAGCGAAUAA